UUCCCUCAAUACUGAAAUGACUACAUUUUUAUAUAUGUAUAAAAGUCUAGAAUCCAUUACUAUAAUACCUUUGCUGGUUAAGUAUUUAAUUUGCUUUGUGUGACAGGUGAAAUCCACAGCACCAUAAACGCAGUGUUUGGAUCAGUGCAACAAUGAAUGUGAAGGAAGUUUUCAAGGGAUUUGCUAACAUCUCCAAUAAUGGAAAUUUCUCUGGCAAUGGAAGUAUGGGGCUCUUUGACAUCUCCCCCGUCAUAAACACACUCGGCAAUAUCUUCACCAUCUUCAUCCUCUUCAUCACCAUGAUAUCCCUCGGCUGUACGAUGGAGAUUUCCAAAAUUAAGUUCCAUCUCUUACGGCCAAAAGAAGUAGCCAUCGCACUGCUGGCCCAGUUCAGCCUCAUGCCCCUGACUGCUUUCUCUCUAGCCAAAAUGUUACAGAUGGAGCCCCUGAAGGCCGUGACUGUGCUGAUCUGCGGCUGCUCUCCAGGGGGAAGCUUAUCAAACAUUUUCUCCCUGGCCUUAAAGGGGGACAUGAACCUCAGCAUCGUGAUGACCACCUGCUCCAGUGUCGUAGCACUGGGUCUGAUGCCUUUGCUGCUCUAUAUCUUCAGCCAAGGCUUCCCCGGUCUGGAAAAUGCUGUACCGUACACCGGCAUCAUCUUUACUCUCGUGUUCUCCCUGGUGCCUUGUGGCAUUGGCAUUGCCAUCAAUCACUACAAACCAAAGUACUCAUCAAUCAUCAAAAAUGCUGGUCUCAGCAUCAUGGGUGUUACCUGCAUCAUAGGGACAAUCCUAUUUAGUGUUGCCUUCAAAGACAUACUGUGGACACCUGAUUUUCUGGUCGUGGUCACACUGAUGCCAAUGAUUGGCUUUACGCUUGGAUAUGGCAUGUCUGUUUUAUGCAGACUCAAUCCACAAUGUUACCAAGUAUUCAAGCCACCAACUGACGAUGGUGCUGACUUUAAAAACGGGACCGAGGAAGAGAUUACUACUAUCAAAUGA